AUGCUUGCCUCAAAUGUGAACGAGGCCAUGGCAUGUCGGCUGGGACCAUACGUCCGUAUGCCUCCGGGUCUGCAGGACUUUUUUUCGCGGAAGCUGUUGCUGCUAGCAGGCGUUGACCAGCCAUGUGACGGCCCCUCCGGGGGUGGAAGCCAUCGCCCCAAGACACCGCAACUCCUCGGCAAAGGCCACCAAAAGGAGGAUUUCCUAUCGCAGAACGUGGCUGAUGUCACGCCCGCCGAUCGCCCAAAGGACUGGCAAAAGCAACUUGCCGCCCAGCCAGGACCGCGCUAUGAAAUAAGCGCCAGCAGCCAGGCCCCCGCGGGGAUGAUCCGGCGCACACAGGUCGAAGCCAUUGCGCACAGAUUCAGCAAUCAGCCGGUUGGUCUGGAGGUCUCUCCGAUGGGGCUGAGAAUCCCCGUCACUCUAGGGCCAGCCAUGCAGCUAGCCCAGACGGGAGCACUGGGAGAAAUAUAUGCGCCGGCAAAUGGCGGCGAGCAGGAGGACAGCUGCGCCUGGCGCGAACUGCUCAUACGGUAA